UCAAAGCAGGCGCUCGCGGCGCGCGAGAACAACGAUGAUUGUGACGCUGUUAACUGUUAUCGGUGCGUUGAGUGUAGUGAGCUGGCUGUACGAGAACCUACGCAAUCCGGUGGUGCUGCUAAUCCACAAGUUCAAAGUGACUCGCCAGGAUAGUUUGGUGCAAAAGUAUGGAGAGUGGGCAGUUAUCACGGGUGGCUCGGAUGGAAUCGGUAAAGCUUAUGCGCACUACUUGGCCCAGAAAGGUAUGAAGGUACUUCUGGUAGCACGGAAUGCGACGAAACUCUCGAACGUGGCUAAGGAAAUCACCGAAAAGUAUGGCACGGAGUGCCGAUUUGCUGUAGCCGAUUUCUCGAAGGGAGAACAGAUUUUCCCCCAACUGGAGAAGGAACUGGCCCCAUUCGAUAUAGGCAUUCUCGUUAAUAAUGUUGGAGUUAUAAACGAAAAGCCGAUCUUGUUGGAGAGGAUGGAAAAGUCGCUGCUUUGGAAUCUUAUCAAUAUUAAUGUUGGAGCCGCAACGUUACUCUGCAAUAUUGUGAUCCCCAAAAUGAAACGAAACCGACGGGGCCUUAUCGUUAACAUUUCAUCCAUGGCGGCACUAGCCCCCACACCUUAUCUAAACGUGUACGCUGCAACGAAGGCUUACAUGACCAGCUUUUCCCAUGCACUGGGCGAGGAACUGAAGCCGCACGGCAUCGAAUGCCAAACAGUGUCACCAGGGUUCGUUCAUACCAGCAUGACGGAGUAUCUGGCACCCGCCGAGGGGUCUCAGGCUCCCCUUUCACGCCGGUUGUUGAAAGUUAAUGAUUUCAUAAGAUACGCGGGCUACACGCUUGGCAAGGUUAGCACGACAUGCGGUCACUGGUCCCACGGAAUACAGGUUGGCAUUUUGAAAAUGUUGCCCGAAACAUUGAGAUUGCGAAUUUUUACCAGAAUGUAUACCGAGUUACUUAGCGAAUUUUCGAGCCACUAAUGAGAUAAGUAACCGUUCUUCAAAACCUUCCAAAGAGAAUCACUGCGAGUUGUUAGAAAAAGUCAUGUAAAUAGAGCAAUCCAACAUAAAUCAGUGCGUAUUUCACAUUCUCUUGCUUUGAGAUUAAAUUUUCUUUAUUUUGAGUUUAUCUUUUCGUUCUUUUUCGUCAUCUGAGCAACAUAUGAAAGAAGGAAAAGUGUAUCGCAGAUUGAUUUGUACGCUGCUAAAUAUUAUUGGUGCGUUCAAUUUAGCGUGCUGGUUAACCCGUUGUUGCUACUAAUCCACCUGUUCAAAAGUAUUAGUGAGCCCCUACUGGGUCAAUGAAAAACGUUUUGGUUUUGUGCG